CGUCUCGUAAGAGGGAGGAGGCGAUACUUAUAAAAAGAGCAGCAAACCAACUGUAGUCAGUCAUAUACGUGUCGAGUUGCUUUUUGAAUUGACGAUAUCAUUCGUCCAUCCUUCAAAAAAUCGAAACUUGAAUCGAGGGACAUAAUGGCAGUCGUCGUUCAAAAGUCGUCCAUCCUCUUCUUCUUAUCCGUUUGGAUUUCUUUCUUUGUGGUGGUGUCGAGCCAGGGAAGUGAUGGCAAGAAGAUCGCGCUGGGCAACAUCCAUCUUUGCAUGAUGAAUUGCGGUCAGUGUAAAGAAAUGUACGGCGAUUACUUUGACGGACAGCGCUGCGCCGAGUUCUGCUUGGCCAGCUACAAGCCAUCAGCAAUGAGCAGUGGCUGGGCACCGAUGCCUGACUGCAACGAGCCCGAGACGGUGGAUCAAUUCCUGAAACUGUCGCUGAUGCCUCAAUCGGACGGCCCAUCAGCCCAGCAGUUGAUUGACGAUUCGGUACUUGUCGAUCAAACGGGGGACGGAGGCGGUUAUGCGGCGCCCAUCAGUCAAGCCCUAAUAGGUCCGUCGUACUCAGGCCGUUUGGGUCGCAAACCGUCUGCGGCCCAGCAGAACACGUACUACAGUAGCAGAACUGGCGCUGAAUUCAAAGGUCACAAUCAAUUAUUGAAAAAUCGCAAGUGGAAGAAGCGCAUCAACGGUAGCAAACCGUUGGCCAGCGCUCCUUCGAUGCCUCGUUGGUAUUUCGUUUAGAAUCUCGGCAUUUCUUUUUACUUAUUUAUUUUUCUGCUGUGCAUUUCUCUCCGUGACAAUUGAUUUGUUUGCUGGAUGUUGCUGUCAAAAUAUCUGUCUUCUUCCGAUUCGAUUGUCGCAUUUUCCCACAAUGAAAACAAGAUACAAUGGACGAGCGAGUCUUUGACUUGCUGCGAAAUAAAUACAUUUAUUGUACGUAGAA